AUGCACUUCCUCCAGAGCCUCGUCGCCGUGGCCGCACUUUUGUCCACUUCUUCAUUCGCUGUCAACAUUCCAUCCUCUCCACUGGAAGCUCGUGAUCUCUCCAGUCGCAGCAACGUCGACAAUUGCGAAGCCGACCUUCGAUGGCACAAGGCCUCCGCUUUCUGUUCAUCUUUCGCCGCUAUCAAAGAUGCCACGACGACUGUAUACAACACCAAACAGCCAAAGACGACCUGCACUACUAAGACGGUGGCCUGCACCACACCCGGAGCACACCAGAGUCGUGGCAAGCGGGAAGCUUCUGCAAAGCCAGUGGCAGCCGCGGUCGCUCACGCCGAAGCCGAAGCCGAAGCUCACUACGGUUAUCAGAGAUGUAAUCAAUGGGGCAUUCCUGCCUACUUUCUGAAGUACUCCUGCCAGGACAUCAAGCAAGCUUGCUGCAGAUAUGUCAAGCCGAAGACUAUCUACAUCAACGACACGCACCGGCGUGACCACCACAACCAGGACGACCGCUCGCGCCAGUACUACCGGCAAGGGAACGUCCAGUACAACCAGAAGCAUAGCCAGCACCACUACGGCCAGCGGCGUGACUACUUCGAGCUCCACACGAACAUCGACCAACCCAGAGACGACGAUGACCACCACGUCGGCCACCACGUCUUUAACGACUACAUCCACCACCACAUCGGCUGCUACCACUCCAGCAGCCAGCGCCAAAAUCGUCAAGAAUGGAGGGGCCCCAGUGAGGACGGCAGUCCUCACAGUGGAAGCUAUUUCGCGAGGUUUCGAACAAACAUAGACAAAUCUGCCGCAUCUCUCUCACAAGCGAUCGACUCUGAUAUCCAAUCCAGGGAAUACAGUUGCUGGAUCCACGGCCUCUACGGUGACGACUGCCGCGAGCACCACCACCACAGCACCGGUCUCAACUACGAGUCCCCCCUCGUGCAAUCCUGA